AUGCAGCUCCCAGGCGGGAGCACGAGGAUUCCGCCCGCGAGAGCACCGGUCUCACUUCUCGUGAUCAUCAACGGGAGUAAUAUCGCAUCGACUGUCGUGAAGAAACGCAACAACGGUAGAAACUGUAGCGGAAGCGGCGGUGCCGGUGGGGAAAACUUAAGGAAAAGCGAUAGCAGUGGAAACGGUCCCGAGAACGAGCCGCGUCUCGUGAAAAGAAAUCGUCAUCCCGAGACGAGGACGAACAGCCGACACCGAGUCACCGAGAAGUUGCAGCUGUUGGCGUCAGCUCCAAGGCGGAAGGAGCGGGGCGAGGAAUAGUGAAAAGAAUCUAGAGAAAAAGCAAGGAACGACGGAAGAAGAAGAAGAGGAGGCGGCACGAGAGAAGGAGAAGAAGAAGGUGAAGAGGAGAAAGCAAAAGUUCGUCGGGAAGGAGACGUGUGCCGACGUCGUCGUCGUCGGCGGCGGCGGCGGAGGAGAAAAAGGCGGCGGAAGAAGAGGAGGAAGAGGAGAAGGAG